GAUGACUCCUGCGCAGCCUUUAUCCAACGUCCGCUGUCCGCAUAGAGAGCAGCUUCCAGUUUUGUGCAAAUGCAGUAGUAGCGAACCGAUCACGCGAAGCGGACCGGUCGCAGUUCCGUGCUGUGUCUCCCGUGAACCGAUGUUCAGUUUUAAAUCAUGACUUUAAAAGCCGCAGUAAUUUAUGCCACGCUCAUAUUAUUUUUCAAAGAUGUACAAGGACAGAAAUCACAAGUACAAAUUUUACCACCAGAAUGUCCAAGUUUAGACAAAGGUGAUUCAUAUACUCAAUCUGAAUUCUUGUCGCGGUUGGCUAAUGAAUGCCGGUACGACCGGUUGCUGCUGCCAACUUAUCUAACUGGAGACGUGGUUUAUGUUCACGCCAGCGCUUAUGUUUACUUUAUACAACCUGCAGAAGCACACGACUUGAAUUUUAAAUUGCAUUUCCUUCUACAAUUACGUUGGACCGACCCGCGUUUGGCGUACACUUUAUAUUCGCCUGAGCGUUCGAGAAUCAUUGGUGAAAAUGACUUACGACAGCGCAUAUGGGUGCCCCAUCUGUAUAUGUCUAACGAACAAUCUUCUAGUCUUAUGGGUACCGACAGCAAAGACGUACUUAUAUCUAUCGCGCCCGACGGCGAAGUGCUAUUUAGCAGGCGCAUGCAAGCUGUACUUUACUGCUGGAUGAACCUACAAAAAUUUCCAUUUGAUGAUCAAACAUGCUCUAUGAACUUAGAAAGCUGGAAAUACAACGCUUCUAUACUGCGGAUGAUGUGGGAAAAGGACAAUCCGGUUCGUUUAUCCUCCGAACUGCACUUGACUGAGUAUUCUCUUAUAGAUUACUGGACGAAUGAGUCAGUAGUUCGGGGGGAUAUAGUCAAUAUGCGUCUCGGUGGAGGUAGAUCGGGUAACUACAGCGCCUUAAAGUUCACUUUUAAGCUUGGCCGUGAAGUAGGUUACUAUCUUAUGGAUUACUUUAUUCCAUCUAUGAUGAUAGUCGCUAUGUCGUGGGUAACGUUUUGGCUGCAAGCGGAUGCUUCGGCACCAAGGAUUACUCUUGGUACGAGUACAAUGUUGUCGUUUAUCACUUUGGCGUCUUCGCAGGCGAAGACUCUACCAAAAGUUUCUUAUAUUAAAGCCAGCGAGAUCUGGUUCUUGGGUUGUACUGGUUUUAUCUUUUCUGCUCUGGUGGAAUUUGCCUUUGUCAACACAAUUUGGCGUAGAAAGAAAGCUGUUAGCCUGAAAAAGGUAAACAGCAAAUAUAUUCUGAAGAGUACGCUCACGCCGCGGCUGGCCCGCAAGGAAUUACAAAAGGAGUUGCAAGAAUCAUCACCGCAGCUAACGAAGUCCCGCUCCUGCUCCUCGCUGCAGCAGGAAACUAGUUGCAACGACCCUGCUGGACCUGGAUACAACAACUACCUUACAGUGCAUAGCUUCCCGUCUGCUAUUAACUUACCAACGAUAACAACGCAAAGCUUUGAUGACUUGAUCACUAGUCCUGGAGGUAAGACUCAGAGCAACGCCAGCGACGGCUCCGACGAACCUCCGAAGCAUCACACCUGGACGACUAUGACUCCCCAGGAGAUCGCCACGUGGAUCGACAAGCGCUCACGCGUUCUCUUUCCACUUAUGUUCAUAUUCUUCAACAUUAUCUAUUGGACUUUCGUCUAUUGUCUAUAAUGCCGUGUAAAAUAGGUAAUGCUUUGAGGUUUGGCGUUAGUAGUCAUAUUUUAAGUAGAAACAAACCCGAACGAAGUUUCAGUAAGAAACAUAACAUGGGUCUAGCUAACCAUGUUUGCUAAAUUGUCUUUAUACAAGUUCAAUAACACUACAUAAAGAUUUGUGGUAUUGAUAAAUGUACCUACAAAGGACAUGUCAUUUCAGAGGUUAUUUGGUUGGUUAUAAAAUGAGUAACAAAAAUAAUGCAGAAAAACAUUUAAAGUGGGCAAAUAUUUGUAACGGUAUACCGCAGUAACUCCAAUAUGAAAGCACUAAAUAAUACCUUAUUCAAAACUGCUAAUAAGCGCAGACCACACUUCGCAGUGAUUCAGCUAAUAAGGAACUCUAACUGCGGUUUUCCGUUGACCACUAUUUUGUGCGUGGUUUAUAUGCAUUUACAUUGGUGUUAAUGAACAUGACUGUAAAAUAUUGUAAAACAAAAAAUCAAUAUCAUUGAGUUACACUACAAUCAUACUAGAAGUAAUUGAACAUAGAUUUUGGAAACAACUCUAUGAUAGAUAUAUUGGCACAAUCUAUCAUAUAAAAGGUCAAAUAAAAGACCUUCAUAAUCGUCUAAAAUAAAGACUUACACGGGUAACUAAAAGGAAUCUUCUUCACGCAAAACAUGAUUUACUAAACAAGUGAAAGAACUUAUGUCUUAACUUGCCACAAACUAUUUCACACACAAUUAGUAAAUACUUACAAAUAUACUAUGUGUGUAACUUUAACCUGAUGACGUAAAAUAUAAAAUAUGUUAACUAUAAAUUAGACAUACUAUAAUAGCGAUAAAUAUGUUACGCUUUGUGUCGAACACAAUUAGUUCUUAAGCUAGUUUAUUAUUUUAGUUAAAUGAUAAAACUAACAAUGAGAUUAUUAAUUAUUUAAUACUAUUGUCAAAACUUAGUUUUGCAUUUUCUUAUUUAUUACUUUAGUUGUACGAAUACCGUCCUUUUGUUAGUUAUGUUUGUUUUUGUUAUUCUGAAGCACGAGAUUCCUAUUACAAACAUGUUUAGACCUGGAAAGUAUAAUAAUUACAGACUUAGACCUGGGUUAUACAAAGUAAAUCUUCAUUUUCAAAUCGUCUCACUGACGAACAUAAACCUAAUUUGGUUCAUGCCACUUGUCUCUAUCCUGAGACUUGGGAAAUGAUAUAUUUAAUGUCGUCAAAGAGCAACGAAAUCUGAAAACUGUAUAAAAUUGUACUUUUGACAUAUUCCUGACAUACUUAUAUCUUUUAAAUAAAAGUUACUACAAUAUUAUAAAAAAAUGAUUAUAGGAAGUACAAACUCUACCUAAAUUCAAAAUCAAAUACUAUGGUAAUAAACAAAAUAAUUAAAUAGGCGUACAAUGCAGACUAAUUUUUGAAGUAUGUACUUAAAUACAUACUCAUGGUCAUGAAUAUACAAUCAAAUUAAAAAUAAAAUUUCCAGGAACUUGGAAGGUAUGCCAUAUAGAUAGUGUUCUUUUUUUAUUCGUUUACUGAUAGAAAUAUUACGAAAAAAUCAGUGUUUUAUAAUAAAUACGGGAUACUAUUGAUCCGAAGUUUCGGGAUUAGGAUUUUUUACUGCAAUUGGCUGUCAGUAAUUUUCAAACACAUAAAUAUGAAUUAAGUGUAUAUGACUAUGUUUUACUUGUAAUAUAUUUAACUAUCUAUUUAUGAAUAAAUUUAGGAAAUACGUCAUUUAGUAAAUAGAAAGUGAGUCAAAUAACUUAUUUUUAAGCAUUUACAUAGUUAGAUACUUAUAUACUGUCCAAAUUAGUGCCUUAAAUUAUGAAAUAAAAUUAUUGUUACCUAAGUAGGCUAGAUGUUAAAUAUUUAAGAUACAUAUUUAUACAUGAGUUUAUAAUAAUGUUCUUUGUAGAUACCAUUUGAAAUCUCAAUAUAAAAUCGAAUUCGUU